AUGUCUAAUAUUCGAAAAAAUUUAAUUUAUGCAGCUCUUACGAGGGCACAUUUAUCAAUUGAUCAUAAUACUCACAAUGGCUUCCACAAAGAAUAUGAAUUUUGUAAACAAGUAAUUCUUGCUGAUAAUUCUCUAACAGAAGAAGAAAAAACUGAAGCAAUAAGAAAAAAUAAUAUAGAAUAUGACGCAGAUAAAAUUUUUCGUAAUUCAGGAACAAAAAGAAUUUGUGAAAAUUGUAAUCAAAAAUGUUUAGCUACAUUAUAUUGUGAAUAUUGUGUUCGGAAUUAUUUAAAAGCAAAUUUUCCAAAUUGGACAUCUGGAAAUAAUGAUAUCGAUAAUUUAAUAAAAAAUUGUCAAUCAGAAACACUUAUUCCAAGUGUUAUUAUUGAAUGGAUCCCCUACAAUAAUUUACAAAAUAUUGAAUAUCUAACAAGAGGUGGGUUCUCAGAGAUUUAUACAGCAAAACGGAUUGAUGGACGAUAUAAAGAAUGGGAUUCUAAAGUGCAACAAUUAAUAAGACGUGGAACUCAUAAAGUAAUACUUAAAGAAUUAAAAAAUGUUGCAAAUGCAAGUCAAAGUUGGUUUGAAGAGGCUAAAUCACACUUAACUAUAAGUAAUAAAUACCCAAAUGUUGUUCAAUGUUUUGGUUUAACACAAAAUCCAUCAAAUAGAAAUUAUUUACUUGUAAUGAGAAAGUAUGAUUUGAAUUUAAAAGAAUAUUUACAACAAAAUCAUAAUCAACUUACAUGGAAUGAAAGAAUUAAUAUUACUUUUUUAAUAAUUGAUGCACUUUAUUAUAUUCAUGAAGAAAAUUCAAUUCAUAGAGAUUUGCAUUCUGGAAAUAUUUUAUAUUCCCAGUUUAAUGAUCAUUGGAAAAUUAGUGAUCUUGGAUUUUGUGGUCCUGCAGACAAACCAUCAACAAGCAUAUAUGGAAAUCUUCCUUACAUAGCACCUGAAGUUAUUAAUGGAAAAGGUUAUACCUUUAAAUCUGAUAUUUAUAGUAUUGCAAUGCUUAUGUGGGAAAUUUCAUUUGGACAACCUCCAUUUAUGAAUUAUGAACAUGAUUAUAUUCUUGCAAUUAAUAUCAUUGAUGGUAUAAGACCAAAAAUUAUAUCAGAAAUUCCUUUAAAAUAUAAAAGUUUAAUGGAACAAUGUUGGGAUGCUAACCCAUUAAAAAGACCUGAUGCUGAUACACUUUUUGAUAAAAUAAGUGAAAUUAAAACAUAUUAUCAAAAUAACCCAAAUGAAUUACCUCAAUUAAUAACAAAAGUAGAUAAAGAAAAAAUUAACAUAAAUAGUAAAUCAUUUACAAGUAAAAUACAUAAAUUUGAAAACCUACCUGAACCAAAAAAUGCAACAGAAGAAGAACAAAAAGCAUUUUAUAUCAGUAGAUCAUAUGAUUUUAGUAUUUCUAGUAAUUCUAGUAAUCUUGGUAAAUCAAGUAAUCAAUAUACAUCAAUUAGUUCUAAAGAUAAUGAUAGUGAAGAAUCACCCAGAUUAUCCAAAAAAUUGAAGAUAGAUAAUGUAGAUAUUCAAAAUGACUAUGAGAGAGAAUUCAUGCAACAACGAUCAAAUAUUGGUACUAAUGAUGAAGUACAGAAUAAUUCAAGUCUUCAUUCAGAACAAGAUAAACCAGAAAUCCUCGAUGAUGAACUUUAA